AUGAGUUUUCCUUGGACUGAAACUGUGUAGCGUAUAAAAUCAAGUGGCGCACCUGCUAAGCCAUUUAGUUUCCUUGCUGUAUCCGAGGCAAACGCAUAGCGACGAAGAGUUUUUCAAAAUGAAGUUCAUGUUGGUGUUAUUGGCGCUUGUUGUAGUAGCGAAUAGUUACGAGUUUCAGGAGCGUUUGAACGGUUAUGAUCGCUCCAUAUCCAGCCAAAUAAACGAUUAUAUCGAGAACAUCCGUACGCAAAUGCCAUGCGGUUUCCCGGCUCUCGGGGUGGGUCCAUUGUCACCUGCACGUCUCUCACACCGCAAUAUUGCGCUCAACUCAACUGGUUUAGCGUUGACAGGCGAAAUCGACGAUUUCAUACUUUAUGGACUAGACGACUUUGAUUUUACAGUAAAAGUUAAUGUUCUGCUCAGCAGGGUCACUUUCAAUUUCCACUGGCAUAAAGUGCAUUUCGUUACCAACUACAAAAUGGAUAUGAACGCUGGCAAUCGAAUAAAUGUGGGACGCAAUGGUGGCGGUAAGUUUGCCAUUGAGGAUUUGAAAAUUGUUGGCUUGGCCAGAUACAACAUCAUCGGCAAGUUGCGCUUGAGAGAGUUCAAGAUCAGCGCCACCAUCGGCGAUGUGAAUUCGGCAAUAGAAAAUUUGUCCAAACUUAAAAUUAUUAACAAAAAAUUGAACCAGAUCAUUGAGGAGUGGAUUUUGUUGGCGGUGAAUGAAAACACCAGUAAAAUGGAGGAGAUGGCGAAUAACUUUGUGGUGCCAUAUGUUAAUGGCAUAAUAGGAAAUGCUACGUUGAUGGAAAUAAUAGCGAUUGUUGGUGGUGGUGGUGGAAAUGGUGGCGGAAAUGGUUCUGGCGGAGAAUCAGAGGAAUGUAUACCACCAGUAGUUGUGAUGACUGACGAAAUUUAAAAUUGCUUACGCCAAAGACAUAGUUAAGUACAAAUAGGAGGGGGCAAGUAGUAAAGCUAAAAUUUUGUGAAAACCUCUCUGAUGUUUUAAAACAAAUAAAUAAAAAAAUAAAAAUAAAAUAUUAGUAAAAAAAAAAAA